ACAAGGAGAGGAUUUGGAGUGAAAGACAAAGAGAUCGAGACAGAGCGUUGUUGAGGGACACAGGUCCGCAGAGAUUAGAGAAAGAGAGGAAAAGAGAGGCAGAAAAAAACCAGAGAGAGAGAGAAGGGGAGGGGAAUCACAGAGAGCGAGAGAGAGAGAGAGAGAGAGAGAGAGGAGUGUGCUCAGACUGAAAGUCUGAAUCAGUAAGAAAGAAAGCUGGUGAGCGUUCACUGUUUUUAGUGCCUUAUUAGUAAUUCCUAUCUUAAAGGAGGGGUUUUCGUUUCUUCAGUUCCUCUGUUUUUGGAUUUCCAUGACCCUCGGACUACAAAUCGACCCGAAAGCUUUUGUGAGAGGAGCCAGUCUUUGCGUUUGAAUUGAAGCUCAUUGAUAUUUCGUGUAGAUCUGAAAGAAAUCUCCUGUGUGGAUCUAUUUAUUGCCUCUGACAUGGGGUUUGGCAAGGGGCUGCUGAUUUUGGGGUUUGUGUGUGCACUGCAGAAACCCGCGUCUGGGUGCAGCAAUGGCUUCCAAGCCAUUGACGGCAAAUGCGAAGAUAUAAAUGAGUGUAUUGAAGAUGCUGAAUUAUGCGGGAAGCACGCAAAGUGCAUAAACACCAAUGGCAGCUACCACUGUGAAUGUUCUGCUGGUUUCCGCAAUGAAAAAGGGAGUCCCAGGUUUACCGUUACGGAGGGACAGUGCACUGACAUUAAUGAAUGCGCCGACAACAAUACAACCUGUGGUCCUCAUGGCACAUGCAGGAAUGUCAUUGGGCGCUAUACGUGCGUCUGUAACGCCGGCUACGUUAGCGCAGACGCCAGAAACGACACUGCGCACUGCAGAGAUAUAGACGAAUGCAAGAAACACAAAGACAUUUGUGGAGAGAAAGGCAACUGUGAAAACCUCAUUGGGAGUUAUCGAUGCAAAUGUGAUGCAGGGUACACCAACUACGGCCAGGAAAGAACCAAAUGCUUAAAGCUCGAGUGCGACAGCUUUAGCGCCGACAGCGAUCCGGGGAAGUCAUUUGAAGGGCUGGCGGACAUGUUGUCCAUGAUGAGGAACAGCUGCUUGGCUCUGUCCGACCCGAGCUUUUCUGCUGGUGGAAAGGCUGACGGCGACGCGCUGCUCGAGAAACUUCUGACAGCGACUGACACCAUCCUGUCCCCUGGACACAUGGAAACCAGUGAAGGUGUGAGUGGGCUGCUCAGUGCUGUGGAGAAGUCCGUUUUACUGAUCGGUCCUCAGCUCAAAGGCAACGGCACCAAAAUGGAGACCAGAGAAGCGGAAGCUGAAAUUACAGUUCAAAGAGGAGCUACCCGCCCAACCGGACCAAUCCAUCUGACCAGUGAACAUGCUGAUCUCAACACCGACUGGACAACAGCAGCUGGCGAAGGCCCAUAUCCUGGUUUCGCUCUGGCCGCAUUGCUGAGCUACAAGAACCUGGAGGGGUCCGUAAACAGAUCUUUCGAGGACCUGAAAGAAAAAGAAAAAGAAAAAGAGGCUAUUUCCUUCCAGGUCUUUUCCAAAGUCGUCUCUGUCGUGGUUUCCAACCCGUCGACUCAGAAACUGCACAGUCCCGUCAACAUUACUUUCAAACAUCUAAAGGACAUAAAGCAGACCCCCGAGGUGAGCUACAUCUGCGCAUACUGGAAUGAGAGAGGAGUCUGGUCCCCAGAUGGCUGCACCCAGAAGCUGUCCAACGACACACACACUGUGUGUUCGUGUGAACAUCUGAGCAGCUUUGCUGUGCUGAUGGCCCUUUAUCCCAUGAAGACCAGCUUUCAGCUCCAACUGUUGACCCAGAUCGGCCUGAUCAUCUCCCUGGUUUGCCUGGUGCUGAGCAUCCUGACGUUCAGGUUCUGCCGGUCCAUUCAGGGGACGCGCACCACCAUCCACCUGCACCUCUGCCUCUGCCUCUUUAUGGCGGACCUCGUCUUCUUGGUCGGGAUUUCUCGAACCAGUCCAGAGGGCGGCUGCAAGUUUGUUGCCGCAAUGCUCCAUUUCUUCUUCUUGGGCGUAAUGAGCUGGAUGCUGUUAGAAGGGGUGCAGCUGUACAGAAUGGUGGUCCUGGUGUUUAACGCCACCAUCCGGCCCCUCUACUUGUACCUCACCGGUUACGGGGUCCCUCUGGGGAUUGUUAUCAUAUCCGCCACCAUCAGACCGGGGGGCUACGGCACUAAAGACCACUGCUGGCUGUCCUUGGAGCACGGCCUGAUCUGGAGCUUCUUUGGCCCCGUGUGCUUCAUCAUCGCCCUGAACGUCUUUUUCUUCAUCGUCACUGUGUGGAAGCUCGCCCAGAAGUUCGCCACCCUCAACCCAGACCUCUCCAAGCUGCACAAAAUAAAAGCUUUCACAGUCACCGCCAUCGCCCAGAUGUGCAUACUGGGACUGAUGUGGGUGUUUGGAGCCUUCUUGUUCAGCGAGGGCAUGACGGCGGUCGCAUACAUCUUCACCGUCCUCAACAGCCUGCAGGGUGCCCUGGUCUUCAUCAUGCACUGCGUGCUGUCUAAACAGGUGAGAGAUGAGUACGUCCAGUUCCUUUCGUGUGUCUGCACGACGGAAAAGAAGAAAUACUCAGACUUCAGCAGCACCAAUCCGUCCAGCAGUCAAUCUCAAGGUUCCCGGAGCGGACAGAUCACAGGAGAAUCCCAAAUAUGAAGAGCUUCAUCAUUUCUACCCCGCCUCAUGGGCGGAAAAUCACUCCUGCAGACUGUUAGGGCAAAGACUGUCAAGGUUCAAAUCACCUAGAAAAACAAACGUCCUUCUGUUGCCUACAUUUCAGUCACUUUUAAAUUAUUAUUCUUUCAACCUGCCUAUUGUUGACCCGUAGAAGAGCAGCAAGAGCGAUCUUUUAUUUAAAAAUUAAACAGAAACACAAUAAAACAGAAAAAAAAAGAAAAAAAAAAACAUUGAGUGAAACCAUCAGCCGGUUUUAGGAUUUGGACUUUUGCCGUUUUUACUUUUUUGAGACUUGAGUUAAGGGUGAUCAGACUGUGAAUCGUGAAAACUAAACCCUCCAUCUCGCCUGCUCAAUUCUAUAUUCAGUUUCACUGCGAUGAAAAACUAUUUUAGAGCCAAAAUAAAAGACUUGUUCGUGUUUGCCGUGGUUUCAAACAUUGUAAAAGGACGAACUUUUAAUAAAUAUAAACAAUUUCUCGUGACUAAACGGUGCCCCCUGCUGACUACUAAAGCAAAUGCAAUGUUUCAGAAAUGUCUUUAUUUGUUUUUUGACAGUUCUGUUUAAAUACUCUGUAAGGUCUAUGUAAAAUACCAUAGGAAAAACCCCCAGAAAAUAUUAUUUAAUUAUGCAGACCCACUUCAAUUUAAAAAAAUAGGAACAAGACACCAAAAUAUCAUCUAGAGAGAAAAAAAAAUAGGUCAAAGGGUUUGAUAGUUUUUCAUGUUUUUACUGCCAUUCACAACUGAACAAAUCGUAUGUGAUGUGAUUUAUACUGUAAAAUGAUCCAGGUUAUUUUUUUUUUUAAAGUGAGCCUUAAAAAUGUUUAUUCAGGAGUUGUUUGAGUUACAUUGACGCUGCGUUAGUAAGCAAAAGUAACUCGUCAGUUCAACCGGAACAUAUCACAGUUAUAAGCUGUACUGCCGUCAGAGCAACUAAAACGGAGUUUUAUGGAUUUAGACAUAUUUAUUUCAGAACGCAGACAACAGGAGUUAAUACACACGUGAGCAGAUAGUUUGCACUGUAUUUUAUGUAAAUGUUACCUGUACAAAUAGUCGUUUUUGUUGUUUGUUUUGUGCGGACCAUAGGGGAAAAAAAAAAGGUACAGAAUACAUCAAAAAGUAAACUUCUAAUCAUUCUGCAGUGAUGGGGGUCAUGAAAUUCACACCAGAUGUUGGCAACAAUUCAAGUUAUCCUCAAACGUUUACCACCAGGUUAGAUUAAAAUAAACUUUUUCCCAGUACAGAGUGAAAAACUAAAUAUAAACUAAAUAUGUAGCACUGUUUUAUUAAACCUAAUAGUGCACAGAUAAUUCACAAUUUAAGAAAAGAAGAAAUUCAUUCCUAUUGAAUAAAAUGAGACUGUCUGUAUGUUUCCGUUUGUUUUUGGACAUUUUCAAAUAUUUACAGAUUUUUAUUUUUAUGAACUUCUGAAAUUUUUAAGCUUAUCGACUGUUGCUCAGUCAUUUAGGACUGACCCUGUCGAUGUCGACCACCACCACUAGGGGGCAGGAAUUAUUACAAAAACGCUGAGAUUUCGUCAAGUUCCUGUAGUAUCUAAGCCUUUUUUUUAUUUAUUGCAAUGUAUUAAUUUUAAUGCAUUUCAUUCUUAUGCUAUGUCUCAUUAUACAUGUUAUACAUACUUUCUGACACAUUUGUUACAGUUUUGUUGUAUUUGUGGCUAAGUUUGGCUUCCUACCAACGUCUGGUGUGAAUGUUGUGGCAGUAGCCAAUUCGGAAACAUAUUCAUCUGGAGAAACGUUGAAGUGUUUGAUACUUAUUUACCCGGCUGUAUUUCUGCGGUAUUUGUUUUCAUGUACUGUAAUUGAAUAUUUUUGCUUUUAAUGGGACAGAAACUCACACACAAGCCUCUGAUUUCAAACAAAAUGAGUGAUUUAAUCACUUGUGGCUAAAGUUAAAUCCUCUGUCUUGGCUUAUGACUGAGCUUUCCUGCUCUUUUAUUAUUAUUAUUAUUAUUGCAAUUGCCAACCAUGUAAACACAUCUGGGACAGGAUAAGAGCUUCGGUAAUCAACAAAAACGGGCCCACCCUGCUGAUAAGGCUGCAGCAGCUUCCCCCCAUCAUGCAGUGUUUAUUGAAUAAAUGUCCAUUUAAUUACUGUGUUCUUCUUUUAGAUCUUGUGUGUGUGUCCAGGAAAUGUUAGCUACUGUAAGACUGAGGCUUUAUCGCUGAAAUGAGAGCUUAGACAGCCAUAAGAUCUGUACAGACCUGAGUUUGUUUCGUAUCAUUGCACUUUUCUGUGGUAAAAAGAAAUAUUCAGCACAACUACAAGUUUUCAUAUUGUUAUGUAAUAACAGAAGCAGUCACACUUGCAGAGCCGAAAUAGUUUUAAAUAUAGAUAUGCAUUUUAAUUUUCCAUCAUUCACAUGUGUUGAAUGUUAGACAUGGAAAAUGCCUUUUCAAAAAUAAAUUAGAGGCUUUCAGAGCUCUUCCUAUUUAUGUUCAGAUUUCAAUGUUAACCCUUUGUUUUACCCGCUGUUCUUUGGUUUGUAAUUGUCACUGUUUUUAUUAUUAUUUUUACCGUUUUUAUUCCUGCAAAGCAAAAAGUUGUAUUUAUGCUAAAAAAAAAGAAAGAAAAAAAAGAAGCAAUGUGCAGCUUUUUUAAAUGAAUGUAAGAUUCCUUAUUGUUAGAGUAUAGAACAGCUACAUUUAUAAAUAUGCUUAUUUUUUUUACUUUGGUUCACUUUACACUAUUUGGUACUUUUUCUUCAAUAGAUAUUGUCCACAAUUCUGAAUAAAGCUUUUUCUUCUUGUGA